AUGAACUCCGUGACGUUGCGGCGCAAAGCUGUCGCCACCGUCCAGACUCAAAAACAGCAUCAUCAUUUGUACAGGGGGCACCGGGCGGAUUCCUUCUUUCCCGAAGAUGAAAAUGAGAUAGUCGAGCUUCGUGCCAGGGGACGGACAUUCGACGGCGCAUACGCCCGGAGCGCCAUGGUCAAUCUCGGCUACGCCCUGACCAUCCUCCGGCUUUUCGACAGGCGUUUCACAAAAAUUGGCUUUGUCUACGUCGUUCUAGGCACGCUCUUCUUCGUGCUCGCGUACGUUCGACAACGGCAUUCGCGCCACGACUUUGCCGACCAGCAUCGCACGCAUACCGGUCAGCCACCCAUCCAAACGGUGGGUCAGACUGGGCGGCGCAACUUCGGGCGGCCUUUCGUCACUGCCGGCUGGAUUGUCAUCGCCUUGACCGCCGUCGUCGCCAUUGCGGAAGUCUGGAUGUUGGUGCUCAUCCUAGGCCUCGACACAUCUGACUGA